GCACGCGACAGCUGUGACGGAGUUAACCAGGCCCUCGAAAACUGACUCUCUCAACUACCCCAUCCUCGACGGGAACCCUAGAUUUUUCCCCGCGCGCGGCGCGCUGUCUCUCUCUUCCUCCCCGCCACGGGGUGGCGGCGGUUGAACCACCCGGUGAGGUGUAUGAACAACGCCGCCCCCGGAGGCCGCUGUUCAGGCGGGGGGGGCGCUUCCCCUCCAGCCUCAGCCCCCUUGGGGCGGGCAAGGCCCCCAGCACGGGGCUUCUUUUAGUUUCGUUCCCAGCUUUCAGCGCCCCGCUUCUCUCCUCACUGCAGCCCAACAGGGAACGGAGGGGGAGGAGGACAGCGCGGCAGCUCCCUCUCGGCAUGUCAGCGGCUGCCCCGCAGCCACCAGUUCGGGGUGCGGAGAAGAGUAAUGGUGGGGCCUGGUUACUCGAAGAGAACCAUCGGGAGCAGCUCCUGCUUGCUUCCAGCCAAGUAACCGAAGCUUCCCAGGACAGUGGCUCCGCCGAGGGGUUGCAGUUGCAACGACAGCAAGAGGACGAUGAAGACAACGACAAGUGGCAACAGGGGAGGCCGCAGCAGUCUCAUGUGGUCGAGGCCCCACCGCCUAAGGAGAAUCCCUGGACGCGCUGGAAACCUCCCCCCAACUCUGGUAGUAGUUUAUCUCCUUCCAACGCUUCCGCAGGCGGCGAGUUAACUUCGCAGGAUCCGGAAUUGCAGGGUUCUACUAAAGUCAUAAAAGCAGGAAAAUUGAAGAUAAAGAAACCCAGUAAGGCAGAUGAUUUCAGUGAUGCAACAAACUGGCCAACACCAAGUGAAAUUGCAAGCUCUGAGUGUAAAAAUGUAAGUAAUCAGAAUAAAAAAGCUCCAAUCAAAAAAGAGAAAGAAGAAAAGAAUGAAAGGAAAAGUACCAAUAAAAUAAAGGAAAACCUAGAGAUAAAUCCAGAUAUUCCUGGAGAAAAUGUUAGUGAAGAUGAGGGUCAGAUUAACAAUCAAAAGAAAAAAGGUAACAAGCAUAAAUGGGUGCCACUUCAUUUAGAUGAUAUGAAGCCAGAUACCCAAGAUAGACCAGGAUCUCGGAACAGUUCAAGAUCUCAGCCAGAAACUUGCAAGCUUGUGCCUCACAACAACAGACGCAAUGAGGCAAGAACUAGCUGGCGAAGGGAUAGGGAAAAGCGAGAAGAUCAUGAUGAAGUUUCUAGCGUGAGAAGUGAAGGUGGCAGUGUUCGGGGAUUUUACAGAGGACGAGGGAGAGGCAGGGGAAGAGGAAGAGGACGUGGAAGAGGAAAUCCUCGAAUGAACCACGACUAUUCAUGUGGCUACCGAGAACAAUAUAGUGAAAGGACUGAUCAGCCAUUUCAGCCAGAUCUUAGCACUAGUAUAAUGUAUUACUAUGAUGAUGGAACAGGAGUGCAGAUGUAUUCUGUGGAUGAAACAUUGCUUAAAGAAUACAUUAAACGCCAAAUCGAGUAUUAUUUUAGUGUAGAAAACCUGGAAAGAGACUUCUUCUUGAGGAGAAAGAUGGACCAGCAAGGAUUUUUGCCUAUAUCUUUGAUUGCAAGCUUCCACCGUGUACAGGCUCUCACUACAAAUGUAAAUUUAAUAUUAGAGGCCUUAAAGGACAGUACUGAAAUAGAAAUAGUAGAUCAGAAAAUGAGGAAAAGGAUAGAACCAGAAAAAUGGCCAAUUCCAGGGCCUUCUCCAUGUAGUCUUCCACAAACAGACUUUUCUCAGCUUAUUAACUGCCCGGAGUUCAUACCUGGCCAAAUUUUUGGUUCACACACAGAAUCUGCACCAAAUUCUCCAAGAAUAGGAAGUCUAAAUACUAAGAAAAGCACUGAAACAAGCAGUCUUGAAGUAAUGUCCAAAGGAUUAUCUACAAGCCUCCCGGAUUUGGACUCUGAACCUUGGAUUGAAGUUAAAAAAAGACAUCGUCCCUCCUUAGCUAAGCCAAAGGAAUCUGUGUCUGCACGUGAGGAAAUGAUGAGUCAACAACAACCACCACUGGCUUCUGAAGAACAAGAACAGGAAGAGCUUGAUUUUUUGUUCGAUGAAGAGAUGGAACAAAUAGAAGGCAGGAAAAAUACAUUCACAGAAUGGUCAGAAAGUGAUUCAGAUUAUGAAAUUGAUGAUCAAGAUUUAAAUAAAAUUUUGAUUGUGACACAGACCCCACCAUAUAUGAGAAAACAUCCUGGAGGAGAUCGAACUGGCAACCAUGUGUCACGUGCAAAAAUUACAUCAGAACUUGCCAAAGUUAUUAAUGAUGGAUUAUACUACUAUGAACAGGAUUUGUGGAUGGAUCAAGGUGAAAAUGAUUGCAUUGCUAUGAAGCAAGAGGUUGAAAAUUUUAAGAAGUUAAAUCUCAUCAGCAGAGAAGAAUUUGACAAUCUUACUCCUGAACAUGUAAUGGAUUCAAAUCAGGAUGAUCCUGGUCCUUCAAAAUCACAAGAUUUAACUGAAGAACUGGCUUGUCAAUUGUUUGGUGUCCAGGAAAUACCUCCAACAACAAUGGCUCGCUCACUGCCAACAGCUGUUCCUGAAUCUCCUGGAGUUCACCCUACCAGAACACCUAAAACACCUCGUACACCAAGACUGCAAGAUCCUAACAAAACACCAAGAUUCUAUCCUGUGGUUAAAGAAGCAAGAACUAUUGAUGUUGGGACACGAAGGAAAAGAAAAACACGGCAUAGUACCAACCCUCCAUUAGAAAGUCAUGUUGGCUGGGUAAUGGAUUCCAAGGAUCACAGACCAAGAACAUCUUCUAUAAGCAGUUCAAAUGCAUCACCACUAGAAGGUGCUCCACUAUCAGGAAGUUACGGAUGUACCCCUCAUUCACUUCCCAAAUUUCAACAUCCUUCUCAUGAACUUCUGAAGGAAAAUGGUUUUACUCAGCAAGUGUACCACAAAUAUCGUCGUAGAUGCCUAAAUGAAAGGAAACGGUUGGGAAUUGGCCAGUCUCAAGAAAUGAACACACUCUUUCGUUUCUGGUCCUUCUUUCUCAGAGACCACUUUAAUAAGAAAAUGUAUGAAGAAUUCAGACAACUAGCUCUAGAUGAUGCAAAAGAACACUAUAGGUACGGCCUGGAGUGCUUGUUCCGUUUUUAUAGUUAUGGGCUGGAAAAGAAAUUCAGGCAAGAGAUCUUCAAAGAUUUCCAAGAAGAAACAAGAAGAGAUUAUGAAUCUGGCCAGCUUUACGGGCUAGAAAAAUUUUGGGCUUAUCUGAAGUAUUCACAGUCUAAAACUCCACCUAUUGAUCCCAAACUUCAGGAAUACUUGUGCAAUUUUAAAAGAUUGGAAGACUUCAGAGUUGAUCCUCCCAUUAAUGAAGAAUCUGGGAGAAAAAGGCAUUUACCUGGUGAGGAAAGUGAUCAUCGCAGACAUCAAUCCAACGCUUCUUCCAAGAUCCUUGCUGGUAAUUCCACAGCUGUGUCUCAGGCGUGGGUCCCAAUAAAUUUUCCCACUACAAAUACUGUACAGGAGUUGAAUAACAGCAUACACCAGAACAGUACUGCCACAAAAUCAAGACGCGAUAUACCUGAGCAGUAGACUUUCAGUAAGCUUGAACCUUGAGAUCAACUCCUAAUGCCAGUAUUUUAGCUCAAGGAUCUUCAGGGAGAGCUAUUUUAAAGCUUGAUUAAAAACAAAUGUAUAGGAAAACAAAGAAUUGCAUCUGUUUUCUGACAAGAUUAAGUUCUAAGUAAUUCCCCUUGAUCAAUUAUAUUGGGUUCAGGGAUCAUGAGAGAGAUCCUAGGGAAAUACCUUUUAGUCUCAGUGUUGCUAUCCCCAAGUUACUGUUUAUAGGAGCAGCAUUCCAGCAGUAUAUAUACACAAAUACUUCGGAAUGCCUUACAAUCCAGCUCAUAUUUUUUGAAGAAGCUAUGUACUUGUGUAAUUUAGGAAUGUUUGAUCAUCAGGUUUUCCAUCAUUAUUUCUACUUAGAAAAGCCAAAAAAGAAAAGGUAUUUUUAAUUGAGAGACAUACAUAAUACAUGCAUUUAAACUGAUAAAUGCAUUUUUUUUCAAUAUUACCACAUACCCAUCCAAUGCCUAGUUCUGAAAUCUGUUUUGCUUUCUGUUUCUUUUAUUUCAGGCUUUUGAGUUGAGUAUGGAGUUCUUAAGUUAGGCAACAGUCUGUUUGGUUUUAAGGAAAUGUUUUAAUGCCGGUUCUUAUUUGUACUUAAGCAAAGUAGUUUGCAAAGAGGAUGGGUUAUGACUGUAUUGUCAUAAACUUAGUAAGUUUUAUAUGUAAGUUUAAGAAAAAGGAUAAAAAGGCAAAUAGGUCUCUAAUCAUCCUCCAGUUUGAAGAAAUAUUUGUAUUUUUCUGUUUAAUUUCUGUAUUGUGUAAGUGACUUGCAUUUCUUGGAGAGAUUAUUUAAGCCAUUUAAUUGUAUUUUAAUAUUUGACAGUUUUAAUUUAAAAGGGAUUUAGAAAGAAAUGUCUUUAGUCUAAAAAAAUUAAUGUCAAAAUGGCUUUAAAUAUAGUUAAAAUUCCUUGCUCUACUAAGACCAACUGAACUGUAAUCGGCCAAAGUGUCACUUUCUUUAAAUGUAAAUGAUUUAUUGAAUAGACAUUAUUUACGUCAGGAGGUAAAAAUUAAUAAGAAGCAUCCCUGAAAUAACUAAUUGUAAUUGUGAUUUAAAUACUUAGAAUAAGGGAAUGGAAGUCCUUCUUCCAUAAAGUGAAAGAAGUGGUAGGAAUAGGUGCGUUUUUAUGAUAUACAGCAAAACAGAUACUUAGCAGUCUUCAGGUUACUUUCACAAAUAAAGCCUAAUACUGUUGAUGCCUUAUUGCUGGGAAAUACCCUAAGUGAUCCAACAUGUAGAUUGAAUGGAUUUCUAUACUGGAAACUGUAUGAAGUCCAUUACUUAUUUCUGACAUAUUGCCUUGAGAAUCUGAAUUUAACAAUUAUGAAUAUAUGUGCAUAUUUGAUAUGAAAAUGUGGAUUUCCCAGUUAUUUCUAAAUGCAAACUAGCCUUUAAGUACUGCUAUAUUUUUUUGAAGACACUAGGAACUGAUGAUACCAGUUUUAUAUAGCAUCUUUUCAGUUUGCUGAAGUUCUACAACUCAAAUCUCUUUCAAUCUAUGUCACCUCCUCCAUGAAAAUGAUGCAGUUGUAAAUUUGGAUUUAAACUGUAUAUAAAAUAAAUAUAUUUACAUUCAUUUCUUUAAA